AUGUCUACACAAACAAGGACAAAAGGAUGGGAGAAGGAAUCAAAAAUUAAUCCAGAUUAUGAAUAUGAGAGAUUGUUAAAAUUAGAAAAUAAGUUUCAUAUAAAAGCAUGGAUUAAUAAAGGAGAGAAAGAAGGAUAUCUUUAUAAUAUAGUUCCUACUACUAUGAAUGUAGUAGCAAAAAAUUCAAAUAAAUCACAUAAAAAAACAGGUGUACACAUGUAUUUUGUGUCAGACAAUAACAAGACGUGGAGAUUAACUCUAUUUUAUAGACCCUACUUUUAUUUAAAAACCAAGAAUAUACAUAAUUAUGAACAAGUAACAAAAUUUUUAAAAAAGGAACUAGAUAAGUAUAACGUUGAAAUUGAUUAUGUAAAAAAAGAGGAUUUAAGUUUAUACGAUCAUUUGAAUAAGAAAAGAAGUUAUUUAAGUAAUAUAUUUUUUAAAUUAUCCUAUGAUACUAUUGAAAAUUUAAUGAAUGCUCGAGAUUUCUUAGUCAAAAUUAUUGAACGAAAUAAAAAACAAAAUAAAAAUUAUAAUAAUUCAAAUAAUGAUAAACAUAUUUUUAAUAAUGAAGAUUUGUCCUAUAGUCAAUUAGAGUUUUCUUAUAAAAAUGAAUAUUCUUAUAAUAAAUAUGAUGAUCAAAAAGAAAACACACAAAAACAACAAUUUACUACAAAUAUAACAGAGGAAGAUGAUAAAAGGAGGAUAUUAAAUGCAAAAAGUAAUGACAAUAAUAAUAAUAAUACACAUAAUAGUAACAAUAAUAAUAAUAAUAUAUUGAAUAUGAAUGAUAUCAUUGUUACUACAAAAAAACAAAUUUUAAGUAAAGAAGAAAUUAUGAAUGAAAUAAUCGAAAUAUAUGAAUAUGAUGUAAAAUAUUUAACCAGAAUUUGUAUAGAUAAAAAUAUCAGAUGUGGAUUAUGGUAUAAAGUAAAAAGAGAAGAAGAUGAACUUUAUACUGAAUUAAUUCAAUUUGAAAUCUUAAAUAAAAAAGUAUUAGCACCAUUAAAUAUAUUAGCAUGGGAUAUUGAAUGUUAUAAAGAUGAAUUAAAAUUUCCAGAUAAAGAAAAAGAUGAAAUCAUAUUAAUAUCUUAUAUGUAUAAUGCUCAAGGAUAUUUAAUUGUUAAUAGAAAUGUUAUGAGUAAAAAUAUAAGAGAAUUCUUAUAUAAACCAAAUGAAGAAUAUUCUGGUGCAGGUACAUUCAAAAUUUUUAAUGAAAAAAAUGAAUAUUUUUUAUUAAAAAGAUUUCUUGAACAUAUCAGAUUAUUAAAAAUACAUAUUUUUGUUACAUAUAAUGGAGACUUUUUUGAUAUUCCAUAUUUAUAUAGAAGAUGUGAAAUUAAUAAUUUAAGUGUUUCUAGAGAAAUAGGUUUUAUUAUGAAUAAUAAACAAGAAUGUUCAUGUAAUUUUAUUUUAAAUAUUGAUGCAUAUAAAUGGGUUGAAAGAGAUUCAUAUCUACCAAAUGGAUCUAGAACUCUAAAAAGUGUAUGUAAAAUUAAAUUAAAAUAUAAUCCAACAGAAGUGGAUCCUGAACUUAUGGUUCCCAUUGCUAAAAAUAAUCCUCAACAUUUAGCGGUUUACAGUGUAUCUGAUGCAGUUGCAACUUUUUAUUUAUAUGAUAAAUUUAUUCAUAAUUUCUUAUUCGCAUUAUCAUCAAUUAUACCAAUGAACCCUGAUAAUGUAUUACGACAAGGAAGUGGAACCUUAUGUGAACAAUUAUUAAUGGCAGAAGCUUAUAGAAAAAAUAUACUUUUUCCUAACAAAUCCAAACCUAUAUAUAAUCAAUAUUUUACAGAUCCAGAAAAUAAAAAAAAAUAUUUUAUUUAUGAUGAUUCUUUUGUUGGGGGUACAGUUCAAAGUUUAAAAUGUGGUAUUUAUAGAGAUGAUCUUAAAGAAUUUUUCAGCUUAGAUGUAGAUACAUAUAAAUAUCUAUAUAACAGUAUUGAUCAUAUUAUUGAUUUCUGGAUUCAAAAAGAUUUAAAUAAAAAUGCAAAUAUAAAUGAUACUAAAUAUAUUAAUAAAAAUCAAAUAAUAAAUUUAGAUCAAAUUAAACAAGAUAUUAAAAAUAAACUAAAUUUCUUCAUAGAAAAUCCAAAUAUAAAUAUAUGUCCUAAUAUUUAUCAUCUAGAUGUUGCUGCUAUGUAUCCUAAUAUUAUUUUAUCACAUCGUUUGCAACCUAAUGCUAUCAUCACACCAGAUCAUUGUUUUAAUUGUUCUUUUUAUAAACAAAGACACUUGUGUCAAAAAAAAAUGAUAUGGAAACGUAAAUUAGAAAUUUCUCCUAUAGAUUAUGGUCAUGUCUUGUCACUAAAACAAGAUUUAAAAACUAGGCUCUUUUUCCCGCAAAAAAGUUUUUACAAAAUGCAAAACAAGGAAGAAUCUGAUAGUACUGAAAAUGAAAACUCGAUGGAUAUUAACGCAUCAAAAAAGAAAUCGUGGAAUGAACUCACGGAUAAACAACAACAUGAUGAAUUAAUGAAAGUCAUAAAAGAUUGCUCUCAAAAGGUUUUUAAAAAAACCAAAGUAUCGAAAGAAGUAGAUGCAUCCAGUUUAGUGUGCCAACGAGAAAACCCAUUUUAUGUUGAUGCUGUUAAGACUUUUAGAGACCGAAGAUAUGUGUAUAAAAAAGGACUGAAAGAAUGUGAACAUGAAAAAAGGGAAUUAUUAAAACAAUCAAAAAUAGAUUACAUUAAGAUUCAAGAAUUAGAUGAUAAAAUAUUAUUAAAUGAUUCAUUACAACUAGCACAUAAAUGUAUAUUAAAUAGUUUUUAUGGAUAUGUUAAAAGAAGAAGCAGUAGAUGGUAUUCUGAUCAAAUGGGUGCUAUUGUUACUUAUACAGGUUCUCAAAUUAUCAAUGGAGCAUUUAAUUUAAUAAAUAAAAUUGGUAUACCAAUGGAAUUAGAUACUGAUGGUAUUUGGUGUAUGCUUCCAAAAAAUUUCCCAGAAAUGUAUGAUGUAUAUAUUUUGGAUAAAAAAGAAUUAAAUAAAAAAAAAGAUUAUGAAACAAAAAGUGAAGAAGAAUUAAAAAAUGAUAACAAUGUGAAAAAAGUAGAUUUCGAAUUCCCAACGAAUAUUUUAAAUUUUGAAAUGCAUAAGAAAUGGACAAAUGAUCAAUACUUAGUCUAUAAUGAACAUACUGAUGAUUAUGAAUGCAUUAGUAAAAAUGAAAUAUUUUUUGAAUUAGAUGGACCAUGGCAUGGUAUGUUUUUACCCGCAUCUGAAAAAUCCGAUGAUUUAUUAAAAAAAAGAUAUGUGGUUUUUAAUAAUAAAUAUAAAAUAAGUGAACUUAAAGGUUUUGAAAUUAAACGAAGAGGUGAAUUAAGAAUUAUUCAAAGAUUUCAAAGUGAAAUUUUUAAUCAUUUCUUAAAAGGAAAAACAAAAGAAGAAUCCUAUUAUCAUGCAUCAUUAACAGCAAAUAAAUGGAAAAAUUUAAUAGAUACUAAAGCAAUAGAUAUAGAUAAUGAUGAUGAAUUAUUUGAUUUAAUUUUAGCUAAGAAAGUUUUAAAUAAAUCAGUUAAAGAACAACCAAAUGCUAAAAGUUUUGGUAUUACUACAGCAAAAAGAUUAAGUGAAUUAUUAAAUAAUGCUAGCUAUAUUGAAGAUAAUAAUGUAUCAACUCAGUUUAUUGUUGUAUCCAAACCUAUUGGUUCAGAUAUUACUUUUAGAGCUAUACCUAUACAAAUAUUCAAAACAAAUAUUGAUACUCAAAUCCAUUAUUUAAGUAAAUGGUUAGGAACUAAAUUUCCUCCAAACGUACCUGUUAAUGUUAGAGAUAUUAUUGAUUGGGAUUAUUAUAAACAAAAAUUAGAAGUUCAAAUUUUAAAAUUAGUUAUUAUUCCAGCUAUUAAACAAAAUAUUAAUAAUCCAAUAACUUCCAUAUCAGUUCCUGAUUGGUUAAAAAAACAAAUUAAUAUCUCAGAAGGAAAACAGAAAAAAAUCACUUCUUUCUUUGUAAAAAAAAACAUAAAAAAAGAAGAUACCACUUCACCUUUACAUCCUACUAAUAUUAAACUAGUAAAUGAUAUUCAUGAUUUUAAAGAUUCAAAUGAAACAACCAACACACCAUUACAUUAUACACAAAAAGAAAGUAUGAAAAAUAAAGAACAUAUAUCUAAUCAAUCUAUGGAAAAAAAAAGCCCUUUUCCUAUAGAAGGCGAAAAUACAAUAACAAAUCCAUCAUCAUCCGUAUUAACACAAUCAGAGGAAACAUUGAAAAAUAAAAAAAGAAAAUUAAUAAAACAAUAUCUCUUAGAUAAUUUUAUAUCCAAAAAACCAAAAUUAAUAAUAUUAUAUGAUAAUAAUCAAUCAAAUAAUAGCAAUAGUAAUAUUAUGUCUGGUGCUACUCCAAAAACUAGUAAACUUAUCUCAUCAGUAGCUUACAAAAAAAUAAAUUCAUUUGAAAACUACGGAGAAAAUAAUAAUAAUAAUAUUAUUAUUAUUGAUCAUGAAAAAAUCAAUAUCAGUAAUUUAAAAUAUAAAGAUUUACAUAAUUUAUUUCAUUCAAAUUUUAAAAAUUGGAUGCUUAUUAAUAAUAAAAUAUGGAAAAAUAAUAGAACACAAAUUAAAAAAAUACGUAUUGAAGAUAAAAAACAAAAAAAAAAAAAUAUCAUAUCAUUUAAAGAACAAGAAGAUGAAGAUGAAGAUGAAGAAUCUAAUAAGGAAAAAAAGAAUUAUGAGAAAAUAUCUAAUUUAGAUUCUAAAUAUUUACAUACUAUUCAAAAUGCAAUGGAUAUUGUAUAUAUAUAUAAAAAAAUUAAAAAGAAAAAGAAAAAUCAUAAAAAAAAAAAUUCAAAUAACCAAUUAAAUAAUUUAAAAAAUGAUAAACAAACCUUAUUAAAACCAUAUUUAAAAUAUUUUAAACAUGAAGCAAAUUCAGAUUCAAAUUCAAAUUCGGAUUCAAAUUCAAAUUCAGAUGAUUCAUCUAGUCAUAAGAAAGAAUCUAAAAAUGAAAAUUAUCAUAUCAAUGAAAAGGUUGAUAAUAAUGAUUAUUAUAAUGAUGAAGAUGAUGGAAUUUAUUAUGCAUUAGUUUCAUUAAAGAAUAUGAAUAAAUUUUAUAAAAUUAAAAUACAAGUAUAUAGACAUAUAUAUAUUAAUAAUUAUGACCAAUUAAAUAUUAAAAGUAAUAGUAAAAUAACUAUAAAAUUAAUUAGUUCAAAUAAUGAUGAUAAUGGUGUAUUUAAAUCUAAGGCAUAUGCUAAUUGUUUUCUUCCUAGAAAUAUUAAAGUUUUUAAUUUAUAUGAAUUUAUAAUGACAGAAAAAUAUUUUAAUCAAUAUAUUAUUAAUACUCUAAAUGCAAAUUAUCAUGAAAGUAUUAUAUCUGUAUAUGAAACAAAAAUACCAUUAUAUUUUGAUUUCUUAAGUAGAUAUGGAAAUUCUGUUGAAAUUGAUUCAAAUGAUUAUAAUUAUAUAUUUGAUGAAAAUAAAUGUUUUAAAUCUCAUUGUUUUAGUAAAGUAGAAAAUAAUAGUAAAAGUACCAAAAAUGUAUCAGCCAAUUAUUUGGAUGAUGUACAUAUUGUUUAUAUACAUAUAUUUCAUACACUUAUAGAUAAUAUUUGUAAUCGUAUUUUUAUUAAUGUAUAUGAUCAAUUUGAUGAACAUAAUCAAGAUGAUUUACUUGGGAAUAAAAUAAUGUUUAGUGGUAUUGGACAAAAAGAUAAUAAUUUUGAUCCUUAUGAUACUUUUAUAAAAUUUUUACAACUAGAUAAGUAUUGUAAUGAUAUUACAUUAAAUGAAACAAAUGAAAAUAUAAAUAUGAAUAUAAAUUCUACACAUAAUGGGCAAAAUAAAAAUAUACAUAAUAUAAAUCAUGUACAUAAUAUAGAUCAUAUACAUAAUACAAAUCAUAUACAUAAUACAAAUCAUAUACAUAAUACAAAUCAUAUACAUAAUACAUUUGAUAAUAAUAAUAAUGUGGAAUAUUUAAACAAUAUUGAAAAAGAAAAAAUAAAAAAAGAUAUGUUAUUAAAAAAUUUAUUUAAUAAAGAAUUUUUUAUAAAUAGUGUUGAAAAAGAUCUAUUAUUUUUAUAUCAUUAUAGAAAAUUUGAUGUUUAUUAUGAAGAUAAUACAAAUGUAUAUAAAGUAUUAGAAUAUCUUGAUCUAUACUUAAAUAAAUAUCGUACUAAUAUGAUAACAGGAAAACAAAAAUAUAUCUUUUAUGUAUCAUCAACUAUUGAUAAGAAAAAAUUAGGUUGGUGGGCUACCAAUAAAUAUUUCCCAUGCUAUUUUUAUAAAUUUGAUAAUACAAAUAAAUAUCAAAAUGUUCCAAGAAUAAAUUAUCAAAAUGAUAUUUUUAAUUUAUCUCUAAAUCUAUUUUUUGAAAAUUAUCAUAGAGUAGAAGAAGAUUUGAAUUUUUCACGAAUAUCAAAUAUACCAUUAUUUAAUUUAUUCAAUGUUCAUAACAAAAAUCAAAAACAUAAAUUUAUAUAUGAUAUCUUAUAUGCAUCUUUUAUUAAAAAAUAUAAAGGAAUAUUAUGGUUAUCAUAUUUUGGUAAUUAUGAUCUAGGAAUCCCAUGUUUAAAUAUUAAUAAUUUCUGUGAUUAUGAUUUAGCUAAAAAAAAUAAUGAUAUAAUAAACCAAGGAAUAUAUAGAGGAUAUAUUGUCCAUCUAUUUUUUAAUGAAUCAUUAAUAUUUAAUAGUGUACGCCUUUUUACAAAAUAUUCAAAUGUGGACAAAAAUACAAAUGAAUAUAGUAAUACCAUAACCAAUACAAACAUAAAUAAUCAUCACAAUAAUAAUAAUAUUAAUCGUAAUAAUGAACAUACUAAUUUUAUGCAAAAUAAAAAAAAUGUCAAGAGAACACUGGAAAAUAAUACCAACCAUAUGAAUAAAUUAAACAAUAAAAGUAACCAUAUAAAUAAAAAAGCCUCAAUAGAUCAAAAGGAACAGUUGAAUGAUGAAGAUAUAUCAACAGCUGACGAAAAUAAUAAUAUGAAUAGCAAUAAUAAUAAUAAUAAUAAUAGCAACAAUAAUAAUAGCAACAAUAAUAAUAACAACAAUAAUAAUAACAACAAUAAUAAUAACAACAAUAAUAAUAACAACAAUAAUAAUAACAACAACAAUAAUAAUAAUGUGAAUGUAAAUUUUUCGUCCAAUAAUGAUAACGUCAUAAUACAAUCAUCAGCUGAAUUAAAUCAAAAAAAAAACCUCAUACAAAAUAAAUAUGAUAUUAAUUCAAUUGUUGAAAGAAAUGCUCAUGUUUCCCAAUUUAGCAAUUUUGCCUUUAAAAUAUUAGGUCAAUCGUUAGAAUAUUUAAUAUCUAAAAUUUCCUCUUUAUCUAUGCUAAUUACAAAUAAAACAUUUGAAAGCAUAUCAGAUAUAUUUACAUCCUUCUAUUCAUGGAUUUCUAAUAAUUCUAGUUUAUUAUAUGAUGUUGCAUUAUAUAAUAAAGUUUUAGAAUGUUCUGAAAUUUAUCAAAAUAAUUUAAUAAAUAUUAUGAAGAAGAAAUUUAAUGCCAAUAUUAUUUUUGCUGACUUAAGAAAUCUUGUUAUAUCAUUUAAUGAGUAUUCUAUUAUAUCAGGAAGAAAUAUAUUAAAGAAUUUAAUAAAAUAUUUUUCACACAGUGAUUCAAUAUAUGCAAAUGUACCCUUCUAUAUUAAAAAUGAAUAUAUUGCAGCAUGUCAAUUUGAUAAAUAUAAUUUUAUAAGAUAUAAAAAAUAUUCGGAUCCAAAUGAAGAAAAUACAGAUGAAAAUCUAAAAAUUAUUGAAUACUUACCUCCUAUAUGUGAAUCUUUCUUGAGAUAUGUUCUUGAUAUAAUAAUAUUGAAUCCAUUACAUGAUAUUAUACUUUCAUAUGAUAAUAAUAAACAAAACGGUAUAAAUCCAUAUGAAUCAGAUGAUCAAAAGAUAAAUCAUAUAAAUGAUAUAUCGACAUGUGAAAAAAAUUAUUAUAAUGUUAUAUUAAAAAAUGAUAAAUUAACAGAUAAAAUUAAUUUAGCACAAAGAGCUAAAUUAAAAUAUAUAUUUGAUAAAUCAUUUGAUGAUCUUGAAGAAGUCUGUGAAUCCUUCUCCUUAAUCAAUGAAAAUGUAGAUGUACUAGCUUAUAAAAUUGAAGAGAAAUUAAAGGAUUUAUGGUUUAUGCCGGGAAAUAUUUAUAAAAAAGUCAAAAAAGCAAUCAAAUAUAAAAAAUAUCUAAUAGAAAAUUAUUGGCCAUAUGAAGAUGAUGAAAUCGGUGAAAAUAAUAUUAAUUAUGCACCAUUCUUAUUUCCUCAAACAUUAGGAAAUCUAGCUAAAAGAGAUAAUAAUUGGAGAUUAGAAAUUGUUAAAUUUUGUAUCUUCUUAAUGCAAAAUGAUAAAUUAUUAAAUUUAGAAAAUGAAAACGCAAAUGAAGCCUUUCAUGAAAAAAGACAUGAACUAUAUGAAAUUGUAGGAGAUAGUGAAUAUAAUAAAAAAAAUUCAUUAUGGAAAAGCCCAUGUCAUGAAUUAAUUUUAAAAGAUAUCUUUUGUGAUAAUUGUUCAUCGGUAUAUCAUAUGAACGUAGUAACAAGUUUAGUUGAAGCAGAGAUAAGUGGAAAAGCAUCCUUUAUUUGGUUAUGCAAAAAUUGUAACUUUAAAUUUGAUAAUGAAUUUAUUGAAUUAAAAAUAUUAUCUUUAUUGCAGGAAACAUUCGACGCAUACAAUGCUCAAGAUUUGGUAUGUAAUAAUUGUAAUGCAAUAAAAUCUUUCCACAGAAGACCCAUAUGUAAAUGUGGUCAAAUAUUUACACCUCGUCUAGAAAUUAAUGACUGGAUGGAAACAUUAGAAAUUGUACAAAAUUUAGCUAGCAUGCUAAACAUGCCAUUAUUAACAGAUGUGUUGACAUCCAUGAAAACUCAUCUUAUAUAA